CCUUUCCCUCUCGGUUAUUAGGGAUGCUGUAGGGCGGAGGAUCCGGAAGGCGGGAGGAAAUGAAUAGUACGUCCGUCUUAAGUGGUAUGGUAAUGUCAAUGUUUCCCCCAGGGUUGUGUCGUUAGUAUGCAAUACAGCCACUUGAAUCCUUGCGUGCCACGAAUCCCGCUGUGAAUAUGUGCGUCCAGUUGCCUGCGUCGUGCAGAUACGCCUUGCUCACUGUCAGAGGUAGGGGUGUAUGUGCUGAUGCUCUUGCGUAGGACCAUGCAGUGCGGUGUGUGAUUAUAUAUAACUGUGGUGAUGGUGUGCCCCCUGACGGGAGGAAUCGCAGACUUCAUUUUUCACUUCGACGGAUUCGGUUAGUCAUUGUGAUAUCGGAUUGUUCAAGAUGGCAGGUAGCGGUAGCGACGUUACGAAUAACCACGAUGUCGAGAAAGGGCUUCAUCGAACGGAUACGGCCGUCACAAUGCCUCCGGAGCUCUUCGAAAAGCUUUAUCUUACCCCGAAAGUCCCAAAAGUAGGCGAUUAUAACUUGCGGUUCGCCAACCCUACCGCACUCGGCUUCGUCGGUUUCGUCAUCUCAACUUUCACGUUCUCCAUGGUCUUGAUGGGCUGGGGCGGCUCCGAGGGCUUCUCGCCAGUCGUCGGCAUCUUCUUCUUCACGGGGCCCUUGCUCCUGACGUUCACCAUGGUCUUCGAGUGGGUGAUGGGGAACUUCUUUCCGAUGAUGGUCAUGGGCCUUUUCUCCGUGUUUUGGCUGUCCUUUGGCGUCAUCCAGCUGCCGACCUUGAACCUAUCACUGCCCUAUGCGACGAGCGGCGACCCUACCGGCGCUACAUCGCCCGCUUUCAACACGGACGUAGGAUUAUAUCUUCUCGUCUGGGGCUUCGCGCUGUUCACCUUCUUCAUUUUCACGCUGAAGAUCAACACCGUGUUCGCACUUAUCUUUGGGCUCGUCAGUGCGGCUGCCUGGAUAUUGUCAGCUGCUUAUUUCAAGGUAGCAGCCGGCGAUUUCGAAACAGCCGGUAAACUUCAAAAGGCCGGAGGCGCCCUCCUCUUCGUCGUCGCCGCAUUGGGCUGGUACAUGACGUUCAUCAUCAUGGCAGGCGAGAUGCGCAUCACGUUGAAUCUACCCGUGGGCGACCUGAGCCGUUUCUGGCCGCGCACCGACAUUGACCUGGCCGCGGCGGCCGCGACUUCGACGCGGGAGCACGGAGAUUGAGUAAAGGAUUGUAGUUCUCCGGCUCUGGGUGUCGUGAACGUGGCGGCAGGAG